GUCAAAUGAAACAAUCAUAUUUAAAGAAGAGUCAAAAACGUUCCUUUUUCAGACUUAAGAAAAGCGCGACAUAUUCUAGAAGAAAAUGAAGAUUGUUCCUUUAAUAACCAUUCUACUAACUUUUUCAGUUCUUUCUCUAACUGGAGAUGCAAUACCCUCAUCUUCUGCAAGCAGAAAACUGAAAAUUUCUGAAUUAGAUUACUAUGUUAACACUGAUGAAGGAAGAGCUAUAUUGGAAGAAGAUUUUAACGGUAUCAAAGAAGGAGAAAGAAAAUCUUGGACAAGAGCUGUGUUACCAGAAAAUCUAAAAAAAAAUCGUUAUAAUUCGUUAGAUGUUCUUCCUUUUGAUGAGACAAGAGUUGUGUUGGAAAAUCUUCCAAAUGAUCCAUACUCCGAUUAUAUUAACGCCAAUUACGUAAAUGGAGAACACAGUGAAAAGGAAUAUGUUGCUGCCCAAGGUCCUCUACCAAAUACCAUUGAUGAUUUUUGGAGGAUGAUAUGGCAAUUGAAUUCUACAAAAAUUGUUAUGUUAACGAAUCUC